UCAUCAUAAAUUCUCCAAUCAAAACUCACUCAUCUCUCCCCGUCCGUUUCCAAACAUACAUUCCUUCCCACCUUUUUAAUUGCACAAUACAACAAGAUUCCACCGCAUCUCCUCACUUCCCGCAAUCCACUUCCAAGGAAUAUUCGCUUUUUUGUGGAAUGGAGUCUGAAAAUGGGAUUUGUGUUGAAGAUGAAAAAAGAUUAGUUCUUGAAAACUCUAAUAGCGAAGGCUCGAGUGUGGAUGUGAACAAGGAGAAUGUGAUGAGUGGUGAAAAUGAAGUGGUAAAAGACAAGGAAGGCAUUAGUUCAUCUCCGCCCCAAUUCGAAUCAUCUUCAACUGUGUCAAAGACUACUAAAACCUCCAAUGCUAAAAAUCCUAAUGGGAGAUCCAAAAAAAACAGUGAAUUGGCCAAGAAUCAAUCUGAUUCCAAAGGAUCAGUGGCCUUUGGCCGGAGUAGGAAGCCAAGCCUGUCACAGUCUCUGUCCUUUCCGUCCAGAGGCCGUCACUCUGAUCCGAUGAAACGAAGCAUUGAGGUGCAUCCGGCAAAGCCAGAGCCUGGGAGAAAUGGUGUGAAAGAUAAUGAUGAUGCCAAGGUUUCUGGUGGAUUGAGGGCAGGGAAGGUUGCUGGUGGUAGACGUGCAACUUUAGCUUCGAUGCCUAGUGCAUCUCAAUCUGUGUCAGGGAAGCAGUUUCCUGGUGAUGGAAAUGAAAUGAAGACUGAAAGUGACACAUUGGUUGAGAAGAGUUCGGAGCCUAGCAACGACGUGUUGCCUGUAAGGGAGGAGGAGGAUGCUCGUUCCACUACAUCAUCAACUCUUACUCCUCGGACACAGCAGAGGAUGAAUGUCUUAGCCUUCUCGUUCAGGUUGGAAGAGCGUGCUGAGAAGCGGAAAGAGUUCUACUCGAAGAUAGAAGAGAAAAUACAUGCCAAGGAAGUUGAAAAGACUACUCUGCAAGCAAAAUCGAUGGAAAGCCGAGAGGCAGAGAUAAAACAACUGAGAAAGAGCUUGACCUUCAAAGCUACGCCUAUGCCAAGUUUCUACAAGGAACCUCCUCCAAAAAACGAACUCAAGAAGAUACCAACCACACGUCCGAUAUCUCCGAAGCUUGGAAGGAACAAAGGUGCUGCUGCUCCCGCGUCUGCCAACUCCCUUGAAAAUGAUGGCAAUUCUCCUAGGUCUCCCAAGAUCAAUGGUGUUAAAGGCAUUGUUGCUUCGAAGAAGCCAACGAGAAGCUCCCUGCUCAAGCCUAAAACUCAAAAUUCUCCCACAACUACAAAAGCGAAAAAUGUGGAGACAGGGGUCCAAAACAAUGCACAGACACCAGAUAAAAUUGGGGAUUCUUUGCAGUGCAACGGAUUUUCUGAGGCGGCGGCUGCUGAUGUUAGCGUCGAAGCUUGAAUUAGGUGAUCAAUCACCUUUGCAUGCUAAAUUUCAAGGUGUUUCAAACUCCAUUUUGCUGUGAAUACAGUUGGUGUAUGUUGUAAGUUUGAGUCAAGUAUAUUUGUUCAAUGUGGUUGCUGUUUAAUUUGUGUAUUAUGUAUCAUAGUGGAACAAGGAAGUAAUACGUUGUACGACUACAGUAGAUGUAGGGAUGCAUCUACCGUCUGUAACUUCUUUUCUUCUCUCUCUCUCUCUAUAUAUAUAUUUAAUAGGCUCUAA